AUGAAGGACUUGGGCUUACAUGAUGACUUUGGUGCUCCCUUCUUCAAGGCCUUCUCCGGAAUCUCGUUGAUCCCAAUGUUCUCGAUCUUCACCACCAACCAGGUGGUUCUCGAUCACGUUGCGUGCUCCUUCAUGCAUGUUAUCGACUUCGACAUCGGCCUUGAGAUCCAAUACGCUUCUCUCAUGAAGGAGAUAGCGGAGAAGGCCAUGAAAUUGCCGCUUCUCCGAAUCACCAUCGUCAUUCCCGAAGAGUACGCCGUCGAGAGCACGCUGGUACGCGAAAACCUCGAGCAGUUCGCUCUCGAACUCAGGAUUCACGUCCAAGUCAACUUCGUGCCGCUCCGAACCUUUGAGACACUCUCCUUUAAGGUAGUGAAGCUCGUGGACGGCGAGAGUACCACCGUGCUCCUUUCCCUAGUGAUUUUCCACCACCUCGGAAAUGCUGCCACGUUCUUGGCAGACUUGCAGAUGGUCUCUCCAAGCGUUGUGGUUUUGGUGGAUAGUAAGGGGUGGGCGGAUAUGGCUACAAUAGCAGCCUCGUCGUUCCAACGCGGCGUCGCGAGCAAUUUGGAGUACUACUUGAUGAUGUUGAGUCGCUGGAUGUGUCGACGCCUGGGGAGGAUCGAGAUGAUGCAUCUGCGACCGAAGGUUGGGUUGAAGAUGGAAGAUGGAAGGAAAAGACGAGGGAAAGAGAGGGAGAAAAGUUGA